UAACCAAUCAUUGCGGCCGCGUGGAGCAUCACGGGAACUCCGGGGCUAUAAAAGACCAAGUUGCUAUUUUAUACUCACCGAUUCACUCAUCCUUUAAGUAGCAGGGCGGGGAUGGGUGCGCCUGCGCGGUUUUAAAGCCCUGCCCCAAACUGCCAACACUCCGCGCAAGCGAAGUAGAUCGUCUUUGCCCGACAUUACGCGUGCGCACCUACUUCUCUAACCCCGGAAGACCGUGCGCUUGCGCAGUGAGAACUACGGUGACAGUACACCCGGUGGGGCGCUGGCCAGUCAUGGCGGAACCUUGGUCUGGGCAGUUUUUGCAAGCUCUGCCCGCGUCGGUGCUCGGAGCGCUGGGCACCCUGGGCAGCGAAUUCCUGCGGGAGUGGGAGACACAAGACAUGCGAGUGACUCUCUUCAAGCUGCUCCUGCUGUGGUUGGUGUUAAGUCUCCUGGGCAUCCAGCUGGCGUGGGGGUUCUACGGGAACACAGUGACCGGGUUGUAUCACCGUCCAGCCUCCUGCAGCUCUGGGUGUGUUCCUGCCUCCAGGUCUGGGUGGCCAGAAUGGAUCCACACCUGAUGGCUCCACACAUUUUCCUUCAUGGGAAAUGGCAGCAAAUGAACCUCUCAAAACCCACAGAGAAUAAGGGAAGGCAGCAGCAGAAGCGUCUCCAGAGACAUAACUGGGACUGCUGGCUCCUAGGUUGCAUCCUGCUGCUGCCCAGACCCGUUGGACAACUGCAGAGGGCUUGGGGUUGGGGGACUGGAGUACCACAGUGUUUCCAGGGUGAGCCUCCAUUGCUUUCAGCCUUGCCUUCAACAGCUCCAGGUACUGGGCAGGUGAAGUCUGUCUCUACCCCAGUGUAGUUGCCCUAAGACUUCUGUCAAGGGUCAGAGCUAAGAAGCAUUUUGGUUGGGGAGGUCAGCAGCCCUUUCACUUUGUCUUUUUCCUGUCCUCAUUUCCUUGGGAUGUGAUCUUCUAGAGAUUUGUUCUCCUAGGAGAAAUCUUGAGGUUAACAGUUCUGAGAUUUAUAAGGGAAGUCUGUUCUUCCCUUAAGCCCUGAUUUCCUUGGCUUUGCUUUAUGGGCAGAAGCCAGCUAAUCCUGGCCUGGACUAGAGCACCAAACAUGUACCUCCCUGGCCCAGCUAGUCUUCCAGGUCUGCAAGCAGAGGAAGAUAUCAUUUCCCAACUGAUCUAGUUCUCUGUUCUUUGGGGACAAGUUGAGUACCUACGAGACAGAGUGGACUGAGUCCCUUAAGUGCCAAUGGAGUUUUUUGGUCUGUACUUUGUACCCUCCGAGGGAGGUACUAAGCAAUUAUUGCAAUGACUUCAUUGUGCCUUGCAGCCUUAUCACUUCCCAUCUGACAAGGGCCUUAUCCUAAAAGCCUACUAGAAUCACUUCAGCUCCUAGGAAUAUCAACCAGUAAGAGAGAGCCACAAGCCAGAUAGCCUUGGGCCCUUCAUAUUGGGUCUCUAAUGGCUGUGUUUCUGCCUGUCUCAGCUGGGCCACUAGCUACCUCAGGUGUCCCCGUCUCUUUGUUAGAUGUCACAUAGCCUUCUGGCAGCCUUUGUCUACAAAGACUUUGUAGCAGGUGUACUAAAAAUGAAACUGUACUGAGCUCCUCAUGCACAAGUACCUACUCCAGCGAUGCAUCAUCUGUAUGGCAGAAAGAUGUUCUUCACAGCCUCAGACCCACCCACUGACAUCACCACAAAGAGCCAAGGUCUCACAUUCCACCCCAGGAGCACCUGAGGAUGUCGCAUAUUAAAGACAGAAGUGCA